AUGACCGAGGCCUAUUUCAAAUACCGUGGAAAUCUUACUGGCCGCGCCCACCCUCCAACUCUGGCUACAGCAGCCGAUACAACGGCAGAUAAAUACUCCAACUUGUACAUGUAUGUGGGUCUCUUUUUGACUCUCCUGGCCAUCCUCCUCAUAUUGCUCUUCACUAUGCUUUUGCGCCUAAAACAUGUUAUCUCUCCCAUCACUACAUCUCCAGAGAGUACAGAGAAUGUCCAGCAGUUCACAGAUGUAGAAAUGCAUGGUAGGAUCCCCACAGCUUAG